CUUAAGUUGGCUCACCUCAUAGUUCUUAUUUUUCAGAUGCAUAUUCCUCUUUAUAUAUGAUGGCCACGUGCUUGGGACACUCACACAAAUUAACUUGGUUUUGUCUGAAGUAAGGUUCUGUUUUUUUUUUGUUUUUUUUGUCAGUGUUGAUGAAAAGACUUGUUGGGGAAGAAUUAUUGUGUGAAUUCCAUAACUCCAAUAAACUCCAAAAAUAGUUUUGUGAAAUCUUUUGCGUUUAAGAUGAGCAAGUGUUAGCUAUGCGAGUCAGCCUUUCAUCUUCCUGUAAAUGUCUGAUGACUUUUCGUGCUCUUUGUCAAGUAGACAGUGGCGGCGGCUGCUGCUAAAUAAAAAGAUAACAAAGUAAGAAUAACAAUCUUGAAGGACGUGGUUAUUUAUAUAAAGGAGUGGGCAAGGAGAGACAGGACUGUAUUUCAUGACCUUGUCAGCCCAUUGGUUUGGGGGGUAAUCCAUGACCAUACAGAGGAAGGCAGGAUUUACAGAGUGAUCAGGGAAUGCAAUAUAUACCUUCCUAACACUUCAUCUGCCCGCCUGUGCUCAUUCGUUUGUCUCAUCUUCCCACAGAGCAGCCCUGUUUCUUCUCUGAGGAAGUGAAGAACUAAAUCAGCCAAAAUGACUGAAAAAAGGAUGUCUAUGAGCCGGAAACACAACCUGAAGGGCAUGAUGCUCCAGGUUGCAAAAGACCUCAUUGAGGCUGAAGAUGUUCUGAAAGUGAAGGAGAGGGACGAGUAUAUGGAGAACAGCUGCCCUCCUCUCGUCCUCCCACACAGCAAAGAUGAGUUGCAGGAGUUGUGCCAAGAGCUGUUCGAUAAAAUAGAUGUGAUCGACGAGGAGAGAUAUGUAUUAGAGCAUACAGCAAACCGAGUUGUCCACGAGGUUUGGGACUUAAACAUCAAAAUUGUGGACCUAAAAGGAAAGUUUAAGAAGCCCCCUCUGAAGAAAGUGCGCAUGUCUGCUGAUGCCAUGCUGCAGGCUCUGCUGGGCUCCAAGCACAAGGUGAACAUGGACCUGAGAGCCAACCUGAAGCAGGUGAAGAAGGAGGUCAAGGAGGAGUCUGCUGAAGUUGGUGACUGGCGUAAGAACGUUGAGGACAAGGCUGGCAUGGGUGGCAGAAAGAAGAUGUUUGAGUCUGAUGCUUAAUGUGUCCAUCGGGCUGCUGGUGUGGCAGAUCUCUACUCCGAUAAAUGUCAACUUGCUUAUCUCACACACUGUUUAAUGCCCUGCCUCUGGGGUCUGUCAAACCUAUAUUGUUGGUUGGUAGUAUGUUGGCCUGUGCUACCCUCUUUAGGUAGGGGAGACUCGACACAGUCGUAACACAUUUUGCUUUUUCUUUCUUUUUUUUUUUUGUCUUGUUGCAAAAAAUCGGCAGAAGUGACAUCUUUCAUUUUAACAUAUAUGCAACAUACAUCUUUUGUCUUUAUAUUUAUUUCAUUAAUUCAAGCACACGUGCCUUACCUUUUCUUUCAUUUUCAUCUAAAUUCAUUGAGUGCCAGUGGUAAUGUGUCAGGGACAGUUGUGACAGUGUCUGAAGACAAAUGUAACAUGCUAUUUUAAAGGGGUCAAAUAAAACUUACGGCACCAGCCCUGCAUUAUUCAAGCCAACAUGGCAGUGGAUAGGGUUUUUUCUGUAAGUUGUUUACAUAAUUUACACUUUACAGUGUUCACAACGUUUGUUUUCAAAAUGCCAGUGAGAUAGUCGCUAACAAACUAAGUGUGUCACAUUUUCACAUUUUGCAGUCAAAACCUUGCACAUACCUUAAAAGUUACAAAUGUGCCCCACAAAAUGACUUUUGGCUAUAGGUUUUGACCGAGAUUGAGACACACGCUGAAAUUUUGAAUAGAGCAUGAAGAUGCCAUCACACGUUGGCUGUGAGUUUCGUGGCAUUAUAUUAGACACGAUCUGAGAAAUUAAGCAAGUUGCAACGGUCUUCUUGUAACAACUGUCCCCAGUCUUCCCUACUCUAGGUGUGGGUCUAAAAGCUUUCACCCAUAGUUUGUAAUUUGCUUACUUUUGUCUGUCAUUUUUUUCUAAAAUAAAGUAUUUGAGGAAAAGC